CGACGGCGGAGGCGGCGGAAACGACGGCGGCGACGGCGUCGGCGCUCGACGUUCGGCCGCUCGGAGGCGUCGGCCGUUUGACUGACGCGUUAUCAGUAGUGGUACCGUCGUGAGCGCGAGCAGGUGAAGGCCUUCGUCGCGAUAGCUCUGCCCGACGACCUGACGUAGCUCUUUGGCGCGUGAAAAUUGCAUGCGGACGAAACAUGGUCAGAGGACGCGCGCUGGAAUUUUUCACGAUUCUUGCGUCUCUCGCGAGAGCCAGCAUCCGCCGUGAUACUGCGACCGCGUCUUGUUGCCGAUUCUCCUCCCGGUCGAUCUAGCCGCGUCGCGAGGACGCGAUAAUUUGUACGCUCGACGGUGCUAAAAGCUUGUUUGCUGUGUGCCUAUCGCCACGGCUGAGAAUUGCAUGAGCGCGCAACGGCAAACAUUUGCACAUGUACGCGCGUUCGUCGCCUACCUCAUCCUCAGGAGGAUGCAACACGUAAUCGGAGUUCCGCGGCUAAAGGAAACUGCCGAUAGCGAAACGUCAUCGGUAAGCUGAUAAACAAGUCUGCAAACAAGCUAAAAAAUCCCCUCCCGGACGAGUCACGAUGUGCAGCGGGAGAUCUUUUCCUCGAUCGAACGUACCGUCCCGCAAAUCGAUCGCUGCGAUCGAUCUCAUCCUGUGUGCUCGGACUCCAUUUGCCCGAUGAACAUCUCCCAUCGCGGACCAGUGUACGUCGAUGAUACGCGCAAGCUCGAAUUUCCACAAAAAUAACAAUGGCCACGAGCGGGCUUCGUCCGCCUGCGCCGCGGGUCAAAAGUUCACGCUAGCUCUCAAGCAAUUUCAUAUAUACAAGCUGCGAUCCACCUCCGCCGACGCAGCCACCACCUCCACCGCUUCUACCGUCGCCGCCGCCGCCGCCGCCACCACCGCCGUCGUUGCCGCCGCCAUCGUUGUUGCUGCUGCUGCUGCGUGCACCUGACAGACGUUGAUGGAGAUUGCGUCCUGUAAAUUUCAGAUUAAUGAUCGAUAUGACCCCCGCCCUUAAAAUGGGAACAUAGGGUGCGCAUGUACCGAGGGUCUUGACGUCCUCCCUCAAGCCCUGGCAUACCUCCGACCACCGACGGGCAACGACCAAUGAGCACGCUCGGGACAAGUACAAACUAACGUUAACGUGGACCGGAGGAGAAGUCACGUUAACGAUCAGGACGAGUUUCGCAACUCGUCGAUCUUAUGCAUUAUCACUCGGCGACCGGUGGAGAACGUAUCGGCGGCAAUCAAGGGUAUCGCCUAAUCGUAAUUAGCGAAUCAAUGUAACGCUCGUUGCACUCGCAAGCGAAGACAAUCGUAGCUGGUUAGUUAUCGAAUUAUAUAUAUAUUAAAUAUAUAUAUAUAUAUAUAUAUAUUAUAUAUAUUAAAUAGAUAUAUAAAUAUAUAUAUGAAUCUCUCUCUCUCUCUCUCUCUCUCUAUAUAUAUAUAUAUGAACGAGCUGCAGAUCGAAAAUCACGAUCUCCAUUAUUUGUUGAGCAUGGAUUAUUAUAUAUUGUUUAAUUACUGAUCGCCGGAUCGAUCAAAUAUACAUAUAUCGACACACGAGUACCUUGCGAGCGAUAGAAACGCUUCUGAAGUCAGAACGACGGAAGACAUCUGAGAGUUCUCUGCAUUCGAGAUCUACAAAAUUUUGAGGAGCGCCUGAUACUUGGUCGACCUCGCGUCCGAUGUCGAGAUUCCAAAGUCUAACGAUCGAGAAUUCUAUCAAUCUAUAAGCAAACUGUCCCACGUUCGAGCGUCUGAUAAUAAAAGAAGAAUCGGAGAAGUUUUAGCCGCGCAUCCAAGUUGAAACUUUGGGGUCCAUACGUUCGGGAAUCCAAGAAUCCGCGGACAUCUUGAGGAUAUAAAGAAUGCAACGUUCAGAGGGACCGUGCUACAUCUCCUACUGAAAGGUUCUCUAAUAAUAAUACGGUCAGCGGAAUCGACGAUCGAACGAUACAACAUUGUUAGGGAUCGGAAAUAAAAAUAUCUCAGGGCUGCAGGGGAAACGCGGACGCGAAUGUAAACAGCGUGUAGCAGGCGUAGCGAAUAUAUAGCAGUCGGUGUACGAUGAUUAUCGCCUGACUCGUAUCGGGAAGUCUCAGCAAAUAUGAAUCUCGAGGUGGAACUGAUCGCCGGGGUGAUUAAGGGUGGCCCACCCCCGGCACAUUUGCCAGCACCGAGGCUUAUCAAGAUAUUCAUCGCUGGCGAGAGGAACGACUUUCCGGAAGAGCGCAAACAGCUGCUGGAGGUGGUGGGUCCGGAAUUGCAAUCGAUCUACGACGACAUAGGGAUCGAGGUGCUUCUAGUGGACAUGCAAUAUGGUACCGGUGAUGACCCGGACGUCAACCCACGUCUCGCGGAAUACUUCUUGGAGGAGAUAAGCGCGUGCCAUCUGCAUUCCAGGGGAUGCUUCCUCUUGUGUAACACGCGCUCGGAGGAACGACUCGUCCAUUUGUUAUCCUUUCAGCUGCUGGCGGGAACAACAUACACCGCAGGAUGGAUACCCACGGAGUUGAAGAAAACAACUUUUCAAGCUCUUCACGCGCAUUGUGCCAUUCUCAAGGAUUAUUACGACCACAAUGGGCAGUGUUACGUUUUGAAAGCAAGCAGUGUGGAAACAGCUCAGUGCGACUGGAAAAAGAAUCAAGAACCGGAGUUGCGUCAGGCGCUGAAGACUGCCGCGGAAGCGGCGAUCCUGGAGCAACCGGAGAACCAGGAACUGAGAUACAUACUGAAGAGCACGGCAGAACGACAGCUAGAGUACGGCCUAAGUCUAGACCAGCAGGGCUUGGGAAUAAUGGCUGUGAUCCGCGAGUGGACAGGCGGCGAUGCGCCUACAAGUGCACCAGCGGCCAUCGAACUCAAAGCUCGCAUCGAAUCGGUCCUACCUCACGACAACGUCUUGCGCUUGUCCGUGGAACACCGUAACGGCGGCAUCGACGCCGACCACGACAUCCACGAAGACUAUCUCGGAAAAUUCCGCCAACUGAUACUGGAUAGGCUCCAGCAGCUGGUGAACAUGUCCGUCGAGGCCGACCCGGAGAUAAAGAGCCGCAAGAAGAUGGUUCAGGAGGUUUACGCCGAGAGUAUGGCGCAUUUCGCGCUUCUGCGACAACUGCCGUUGGCCGACGAGGGCGACGAGGCUGUGAAACGAGUCAAGCAACUUAUCCUUGCAGGCAAGGAGCAUAAGCACGGACCCAUCUUGAUCUGCGGGCCCAAGUCGUCCGGCAAGUCCUCCAUUCUCGCGCGCAUCUAUCAGGAUUCACCCGACUGGUUCGCGGCGCCGACGCUCCGCGUUGUCCGGCUCUGCGCUUCGACGCCACGUUCCGCCUACAGCCUGGAGCUCCUCCGCAUCCUCUGCCAGCACGUCGGCUUCCUCGCCGGUGACAACGACGGUAACCUGCCGCGCGACGCCUCCUUCGAUCCGCUCUAUCUCAACAACUGGUUCAGUCUCAUUAUGCGCCGCAUCGAGGAACAUCCGUUGCCGGAACAGCUGGUCAUUCUGUUCGACGAUCUCCAUCGCUUCCAUCCGCUCGAGUGCGACAUUGUCGCUGCCCUGUCGUGGUUACCGCUCACGCUUCCCGCCGGCGUUCACUUCAUCGCGACAACCGCGUUGCCGCCCGAAGGGAUGCGCCUCACGCCGCUUCAGAAGGAUCGUCUGCGCGCCACCGAUGUUCUCGUCGAACUCGUUGGGCGCACGUGCGUGUCACCGCGCGUCGAUGCGACCCUGGAACAGCUGGAAAGUCUGAUCGGACUCGACGCGGCCACGCGAGUCGCCUCGAUUCUCGCUUGCACCGAGUACGGCCUGUCGGAGACGGAGAUACUCGAGCUGAUCAUGCCGACCGGCGGCGAAGGGCCGUUACUCUUAGAGGAGAGCCACUUCAACUUUGCAACCUGGUGUCUAGUCAGAAGAACAUUCGCGCCGUGGCUUAGAGUGCGAGUGAUGAGCGGUCGACUGCUGUUCUCCUGGCGCGGACAAUGUCGCGAGAUUGCUCUCAGGAAGUACCUCUCGAAUCAGGAUACUUCCCGCGGCUACUACACAGAGUUGGCAAGCCUCUUCUUCUCCGAGGACGCCGACGACAAUUCCGAAAAGUCGGAGAAUCCAGCGACUUCCUCGGCGCCCGCCAAGGAAACGCCGUUUCAAAGCGCGCCACAGAGCCAAGACAUCACAUAUACGCUGCGGCACGUCGAGGAGGCGUGGCUACACCUUUUGCGCGCUUCCGACGUCGAUAAACUGAAGAAACUCGCCGUCUGCGCUUUCGAUUUCCUACUUGCAGCCGUACAGAUGAUCUCCGUGAGCUACCUCCGUUGUGUCCUCGAGCAUGCGAGACGAUACCUCCUCGAGCGUGACCUGGAGCUCGUAUAUUAUGCCGUGAGAAAGUCCAGCGAUGUUCUCACCAGAGAUCCGCUUCAACUCGCGGCGCAGCUCAUCUGCUGGUUAAGGCCGGUCGCCGAGGAUGGCGGCGACCUCGUUAGUAGAAUGGUCAUGGCGGCUAUGGCUUGGUGCGACGGUUACACCGCCCCUUUGCUCGUGCCCUUGAAUGGGUGGCUGCAGCCACCUCUACCGCUGCAGAUCCGAGCGCUUACAUGUCCUCAGGGGGUCAAGUUGAUCGAAGCAGCACCAUCUGGCCAGCACGUCGUCGUCGUGCCACCACAAGGUGAUGCACAGCUAUGGCACGUCAUGUCUGGUCAACUCGUCCAUACGUUUAAAGGACACUCUAGUCCGAUCUCAUGUUUAGCUGUCACACAUCAAUCACAAUAUCUGCUAACUGGCUCCGAGGACACCUCCAUUAUCGUCUGGGACAUGAAAGACCUCGUCAUGAAACGUCGGAUUUGCGAGCACAUCGCGCCUAUCCUCACUUUAACUACAGCUCUCAACAACUCGGUUAUCGUGAGCGGUGGUGAGGAUUCCAGAAUUAUCGCCACUAGUUUGCUCACCGGCGAGGUUCUGAUGAAAGUUGAUCAUCAUCGUGGCCCCGUCACCACUAUUCGCGUCAAUUCAGCCGGGGAGGUCCUGGUUUCCGGAUCGGCCGACGGCACGGUUUGUCUCUGGUCCUUGGAGAGCUUCAUCCUUCUCAACAGCAUUGUUCUUCCAUCUCCAGUGGCCAUGUUAGAUGUGUCCGCUGACUCGGUUUUCCUUCUGGCUGCUUGCGAGGACCAAAAGCUUUAUCUGAGGUCUUUGGCUACGGGCACGGAGAUCCAUACGCUCAGAGGUCAUCAAGGGCCAGUUAAAAGCCUCUGUUUGGCGAAGGAUUGCAGAAGAGCUAUUGCAGGAGGCACCGAAGGCAGAGUAUCCGUGUUCGAUAUGCACAGCGGAAGAUUGAUUAAAACCUUGCCCGCUAACCCGUCAACGAGCGUCACUUCAGUUAAAGUAACUGAGAAAGACGACUUUCUGAUAACCGGCGGAGGAGGUCGUGUGACUUACUGGAGUUUCCGCGGUGAGGAACCACCGCCGAAACCGCAGAAACCCGGCAAACAGGACUCCCUGCAACCGCACACCGCGCCGAUAUCUUGCUUGGACAUCUCCAGGGAUGGUGCAAUGGCGGUCACCGGUGGCGUCGAUUCUCUAGUCAAUCUCUGGCAGCUCAACACUCACGAAUUGUUGUCUACCUUGGAGGGACACAUCGCCAGCAUCACGUGCAUCGCAUUUUCCGCGUCAGGACUCUUCGUUGCAUCUGGAUCUGAAGACAAGACUGUACGUGUAUGGGGGUUGACUCUGGGCCUCGUCGUGGCUACUUUCAGACACCAAGCGCCGGUAACUGCUGUCACUGCUAUGCUAGAUGGGAGAAGAGUGGUCAGUUCAGAUCGGGCUGGUACCAUUAGAGUCUGGGCAGCAGACAGUGGCACACUGAUACAAUCUGUUUGCGGACCCGGGCGAUGCUUUGCUGUCGCGUCUGAUAUGAGAUAUGCGGUAUGCGGAUCUGGCGAUAACCAGGUGCGCAUAAUUAGUUUGGGCGCUGGUCCCGAGGAGAAACAUCAAGUGUCGCACUCGCAAGACAUCACGUGCUUAGUGGCAACGCCGGAUUCUCAGUACCUGAUCACCGGCUCCCGUGAUAUGAGCCUGAAGGUGUGGCAGUUGGCUGGUGGUAAACUUUCCCAGGUCUUGGUCGGCCACACUGACCAUGUGACUUGCGUCGCGGUUGCGGUAAUCGACAAGUCCAUAGUGGUGUCUGGUUCUCGGGACGCUAACUUGAUCGUUUGGGACAUCAACACUGGCGCCGACUUGCACACUCUCACGGGUCACCUGGGUUACGUGAUCUGUGUGCGACUCUCGGGCGACGGCACUCUGGCUGCUUCAGGAAGCGAGGACAAGAGCCUCAUUGUCUGGGACACCAAAAAAGGCACUUCACUCAGCUCCAUUAUGCUACAUGUGCCGGUCUUGGGUGUCGAGAUAUCCACUGAUUGUUCUAGAAUGGCAGUGCACCUGUUGGAACACAAGUGCAUGCCUAUUCUCUGUCUGCACAAUACACCCGCGCAAUAUGUCAAACUGCCACCGUACGUGGCACCGCGGGACCUGAGGCCACCAGGACCGAAGCGACCCGCUAGGCGAUUGCUGAAGAAGGAGGUGUCCUUAGAUACUUAUACUUGGCAGCGAAAGUAUGGACAUCUUACGUCAGGUAUUAUAGUCUCAAGCGUUGAGGAGCGUCUGAAACGUCGCUUCAGUGUAAGCGCAUCAAUGGAAGAAAUCAGCAAGGCGGACUUGAGCGGCUCGCAAACUGGGCUGGGUCCUGAGCAAGCCGCUUUAGCGCAGUCCCAACACUUUGACCAAUUGGAAGCGCUUUGGAACAAGCAAUCUCCGCCGCCAAGACCACGAGGCCUAGCACGAACGUUGACGAAACAAAGCUCGCUUCAAGCUACUCGAAUAUCCGAUUCUGAAGAGGAUGUACCAGAUUAAAUGGCAGAAUACUUUCCAUCGCCGAUUCUCGGCUGAUCGUCAAAUAUAUUUAAGCUACAAAAUGUCCUUCCAUGUCAUUCGAUGCAAUAAAUAAAGAUACCAGAGGUAUUAGACUAGCAACAA